AUGCCAGGAGAUGGAUUCACCAUUAAAAGUCGCAUCAGGAAAUUGCUGCGUUCUCCCUCAGCCAAGCACAAGAAGAACAGGACGGAGAGUCUCUCCAGCAAGGUGACGUUGGAGAAGGUGCUCGGAAUCACCGCUUCGGGAAACAGUGGUCUGGCCUGUGACCCCCGAUCUGGACUAGUGGCCUAUCCUGCAGGGUGUGUGGUCGUCUUGCUGAACCCCAAAAAGAACAGACAGCAUCACAUUAUCACGUCAAGAAAGACCAUCACAGCCCUGUCCUUCUCCCCUGAUGGCAAAUACUUGGUCACAGGAGAGAGCGGUCACCUUCCAGCUGUCCGACUGUGGGACGUGGCAGAACGUAGACAGGUGGCGGAGCUCCAGACACACAAAUAUGGCGUCUCCUGCGUGGCUUUCUCCCCCAACAGCAAAUACAUCGUCAGUGUGGGAAACCAGCACGACAUGAUGGUCAACGUCUGGGCGUGGAAGAAAGAUGUAGUAGUGGCUGCCAACAAGGUGUCCAGUAAGGUGACAGGUGUGUCUUUCUCUGAGGACAGCUCCUACUUUGUCACUGUGGGGAACAGACAUGUCAAGUUCUGGUAUCUGGACCACGGCAAAGCCAGCAAGGCCAGCGCUCCUGUUCCUCUGCUAGGCCGCUCGGGGCUUCUGGGAGAGCUGAGGAACAACUUCUUCUGUGGUGUGGCCUGUGGACGAGGCUCAAAAUCUGACUCCACCUUCUGCAUCACCUCCUCUGGCCUGCUGUGUGAGUUUAACAGCAAGAGGAUGCUGGACAAGUGGGUGGACCUACGGACGGGCGUGGCCCAGUCUCUUUCUCUGUCUGAAGAUAUGAUCUUCUGUGGAUGUGCGGAUGGAACGGUGCGAGCCUUCAGCUCUGUUGACCUGCACUUUGUCUGCACGCUGCCGCUGCCGCACCCCCUCGGCUCUGGCAUCUCAGCCGCCAGAGAGGCCAGCCACCUGUUUUCCACUAAGACGGAUGCCCGUUACCCAGACACCAUCGCAGUUACCUACGACCCCGUCAGCCACUGGCUCAGCUGUGUGUAUAAUGACCACAGUUUGUAUGUGUGGGAUGUGAGAGAUGUCAACAGGGUGGGGAAGGUGCACUCUGCCCUCUUCCAUGCUGCCAGUGUCGGGGACCUGGAGAUGUUCCCAGAUGUUCCUGGGGAGCUGGGUGCUGGGCUGUCAUCAGGUGCAUUCCUUACUUGCUCAGCUGAUAACACCAUCAGACUGUGGCGCAUGAACGAUUGGACACAUUCUCAGAACAUCCUCAGCAGUGAUCUCCUGAAUAUAAUUCACAUAGAUGGAAACACUAGUGCCUUGCUGGAUCCAGAAUGUACAAUAAAUGCGAAUGCAGAGAAACCAGGGGACGGACAGGCAGCAGAAAGCAAGACGGGCAUCCGGACCAUCUGUGUCAGUCCAGACGGCAAACACCUGGCAUCUGGGGAUCGCAACGGGAUGCUGAGGGUUCAUGACCUCUGCAGCAUGGAGGAGAUUCUCAAAGUGGAAGCACAUGAUGCUGAGAUCCUCUGUCUUGAAUACAGUAAACCAGAAACUGGUCUGAAGCUGCUGGCUACAGCUAGCAGGGACCGUCUGAUUCAUGUCUUGGAUGCUGAGGACGACUACAGUCUGGUGCAGACACUCGACGAGCACUCUUCAUCCAUAACAGCCGUCCGCUUUGCUGCCAAUGACAACAAGGUGAGGAUGAUCAGCUGUGGGGCGGACAAGAGCAUCUAUUUCCGCACUGCAUACAAGACUGACAGAGGAACAGAGUUCAGGCGUUCCCAUCACAUGGUGAGGAAGACCACCCUGUACGACAUGAGUGUGGACGCCACCUGCAAGUACGCUGCUGUUGGCUGUCAGGACCGCUGCAUCAGGAUUUUCAACAUCAGCAGUGGCAAACAGAAGAAAGUCUACAAAGGAUCACUCAGUGAGGAUGGCAGUCUGCUCAGGGUCCAGCUUGAUCCGUCAGGUCAAUACGUGGCCACCAGCUGCUCAGAUAAAAACAUCAGCAUCUUUGACUUCUACACUGGGGAGUGUGUCGCCACUAUGUUUGGACACUCUGAGAUUGUCACUGGGAUGAAGUUUACCAACGACUGCAAGCAUUUGAUUUCCGUGUCAGGGGACAGCUGUAUCUUUGUGUGGCGACUGGCUCCAGAGCUGACAAUCAGCAUGAGAGAGAGGCUCUGCCAGCUCCGACAAAACCCGAACACACAACCCUGCAAGACCUCCAGUCUCAGGCGAGAGGUGUACAGUGCCCCCACUCUGGGUGGUCUGUCCUCUGACAGUGACCGUGAGCCCGAGGAGGACGGAGCAGAGAACGACGACCCCAACGAUCCAGAGGACAUCACAACCAAUACCUCCUCUGACAGCAGCCAUGGAGAGGAGGACACAGGUGGCUCAGAUGAAGGACAGGACUGGGAGCUGAAAAAGCAUGGAGUCAUCGGCCAGGUCACUCCUGACUCCUCUAAGCGGCCUCGGAGGCGCUGGUCUCAUCGUAUGGGCUCCCUGGAGGUGAUGGUUAAAUCCAUGCUAGACCUGAGGCAGCUGGAGACCUUUGCCCACAAGAAAAACUCUAACUGCCCCCCUCAUGACAAAGAGAGACAGAGCACAUCCAGCCUCCAUGAGCCGAUGUUGGAGGAGAGAGCCAAGAGGCAUCGGCCCUGGCCACAAGCUGAUUGGCUGUCCUCACACCCAUCCAAGGGCAUCAGGGGGACUGAUGGAGCCGUGUUGUACCCUGAGGAAAACCAGGACGAUACAAGUCUGCAGGGCAGUGAUUACAUGGUGAAGGAGCAGCAUUGCAGGAUGCAAGGACGAGGGAUCCGCAGUGAUAGCCAGGAAAGCCGCAGCCCGGACAGUGCUUGCUCUCUGGGUUACAACAGCAGGGAGUCCAGCCCGGAUCGUGUCCUGGAUGAUUGUGCAGAUGUGGAGUCCCUGGGUCAGGACAGCUCUGAUGAGGAGAAUGAAGAGAGGGAGGAAGAGGAGCAAAUGACAAGUAUGGAUGAGGCUCUGAGGACAGUGACUGGCAUUGCUGACCGCGGCCAAGAAGAUUUCCUCAAGCAGAACUUUGAGAUGCUGGCAGAGAGCUGCAGCACGGCCGAGCAGAGCAGAGUCCCUAGGCUCAGUAUGUCUUCACGCUUCCUGGCCAGAGGACAUAAUAACAGGGGCAUGCCUCCAUUUGCCAAAGUGCAUGGAAAGGAACCAGGUAACCACUUUGCUAAGCCCCCUGUGUCAAAAGUACGACCCUUGAUUGAAGAUAACACAGAAGACAAGACCCCUGUGUCCCCUGGCAAGAGCAAGUGGCCAAGCAGGGAAGACGCUCCAGGGAGUGACUGUGGCCCCAGCCUUAGUCCCCUGAAGAAGAAGACUUCAGGGUCUCACCUGUGGAGGCUGUCAAACCCUCCAUAUAACGCUCCAAUGCUGUCGGACAGAGCAACAUGUUUACAGAAAUCACACUCCACCCAGAACCUGGCCUCAGACUCUCCUCACUCACAUGUGCCCUCUAGUGACCAAAGGGAGUCGUGCAAAAGACCUCAGCAGCUCUUUCUGGAUCAUGACACUCCCAGGCCUUCCUUUCACUUUUCUUCACCCUCUUCCGGCUCCCCACAGUCACCCCAGUCCCCCCUCCCCUGGGAUAGCCCCAAACUCAAGCCCCAGCUCACCUACAUGAACCCCACUGCCAGCUCCAUGGCCAAAAGCAGCCGCUCCUCCUCGCUGGGAGAGGGCAUCCAGAUGGGCUCUCCACCGUGCUCCCCCUCCCUCCCCAAGAACAGGAGCUCAUGCGGAGAGCUGGAGGUUGACCCUCCCAUGCUCACUUCUUCUCCUGUCACGGCUUUCCCCUCUGCUGUCUCAUCAGCAUCAUCCCUCUUAUCAUGUCCUCCAUCACACAGUCCUUCCCCAGCUCCUCCCAAUCCUACAGCUACAGUUUCACCCACUCCUUUUUCCCAGAACAUCCCGCCCUCUCGCAUCCCACUCCCCAGACAGCCUCUUGGCCCUCGCCGCAGCCUCUGCCUGGAGGUGAUGCCAAGCUCAAGUUGUUCUGGAAGCCCGGUGAGGGCUUUAACUCCUACUAUAGACCCUGGAUGUGAAGUUACACAUGCUACAGGAAGUCAAGCACUGGUCAGGCAUUCAAGUUUGGAUUCUUCUCUGCCAAGUUCACUACCAGUGAAGCAGAAGAGAGACUUGGUUUCAGAGAGUAUCACGGAGCCAGGACAGGCGGCUGUAGCCAAAGAGUGCCCUCUGGUGCCUGAACAGACCCACACAUCGAGUGCUGACCUCCAACCAGAUCACUCUAUCACCUUGGAAACUUGUAGGCAGGCUGUUAGUGAGCUUCACAACAGUCUGAGGAAAACCGUCAUGCUCUACACUACGGUGCUGCAAUCCGGCCAACAUCACAGUGAAGAUCAACAAGAAAUGAGGAGCAUCCUGUCCAAGACCCUGUUGACAGUCAAAGCAGAGCUGGACUCUCUGCCUCACCCCACCUUGCAGUGUGAAGGGCCCCGGGUGGACCAGGAGGUCAAAGGUGAAGGAGAGAAGGCCCUGGCUCUGCUGGAGCAGUACGCUGAGCUGCUGCUGAAGUCUGUGGAGAGGAGACUAGAUACCAAGACUUGAGCAGAUGGACUGAUGUUUGCGUGAUGUUGAGUUUGUAUGACACAUGCGCACACAGUAGCACUGUGAAUUUCACACUUGUUAUUUGCUCUUCUGGAACUUUAUUUGUGAGCUGAAUGCAGAUGAGAUGCCAUUAUAAUUGGAGAAGCUGAAAGGAAUGAAUGAUGAGUAUUAUGCACUGAAAUAAUAAAGAAUAUAAAAGUUU